GGACGGAAGAAGCGCACCAGAAGCCGACGACCGCCCGCUGGCCAUCCCCGCAUGUCACCACACGACUGAGAUUGAGACUUACUAGCGACCAUGUCGACCAGAUUGUGCGCCGUGUGCAAUGGCAUAUUCACCGGGCUGCUAGUUGACGCAGGUUUCAUGCCUCAUCAUCAGUCUCUUGCCAGCCUCAGGCGAUCCGCUGAGGAAGGAUGCUAUAUCUGCAGUAGUGUUGUCGCCCAGGCCAUGGCUCAAUACAAUGUCUUCAAUGAGGAUGAUGAUGAUGAUGAUGCAUUUUCUUGGAGUUUAUACAUGAGUCCCCAAGAAAAUUCUCGAGACUGCGGUCCCUAUCCAAAGCAUGGAUUUCUCGCCAUCUGGUCCGAGCAUUACCACUCUGAGUUCAACCUCAUAAGUACAGCAAGUCCGGAUGCGCCGAUUUGUUCUGUCAAUCCUGGUGCCAGCCUUACUGAUCAAGCAGUCAUGGAAACUGCAAGAUCCUGGCUAGAAGACUGUCUCCAAAACCACGAAUCAUGUGGACCAGUUGAUCCUGCCUUCAACCCUACAAGGCUCAUCUACAUCCACGACGAGUCCUCGGUACAGCUCAUUGAAACCAAGAAAGAGGCAAAGAGUCAUGCUUAUGUCGCUUUCUCGCACUGCUGGGGGAAAUCCGAGGCUCUCAAACUACUCCAAGACGACCUAGACAAAGGGACGAGAGGCAACAUCGAAGAACUACGUUCACUCAUUCAAGUUCAAAGUUUACCGACCAGUUAUCGGGAGGCAAUCUCUGUCAGCCUAGCCCUUGGAUUUCGAUACAUUUGGAUUGACUCACUGUGCAUCAUACAGAAUAGCCACAAUGAUUGGGCCAAAGAGGCCGCCAUGAUGGAGGACGUUUAUGCCAACAGUUCUCUCAAUCUUUGCGCUUCAGCCGCGGCAGAUUCUUCAGAGGCGAGCUUCCAGCGCAGAGAUCGAGGCAUCUUUGUGCCAUUGGAUAUCGAACCUCAGUGGACUGGUAUUCUCCAUCACGAUGACCAGGAGCGCAAGCUUGGUCCACUUCCAUCAUACCUCCAUCGGAUCAAAUUCAAACUUGUAAAUGCUAGCAUGUACAACUCGGAGAUAACCAACUCACCGCUCAAUCUACGCGCUUGGGUUGUGCAGGAACGCGUUUUAUCGAGGCGUCAUCUCUUCAUGACUUGCAACCAGCUCUGGUGGGAAUGCCAUGAUAUGUUUGCUUGCGAAGUGUUUCCGGAGGUGUUUCCCCAUUUCGGAUAUGGAGAAUGGGAAAGGGUCCAAUACUAUGCAUUGAACGGUCAUGGUCAUCAUUCUGUCUACGGCCGUGACAUGGAAAGGCUAUGGGAACACCUUGUCAAGCGAUACUCCCGCUGCAAUCUAACCUACCUAUAUGAUAAGCUACCCGCGCUAUCGGGGCUUGCACAGGCUUUCAGCAUCAUACAAAGUCAAGACUUUUCUCUUGAUAAAAAUCAUUAUCUCGCCGGCAUUUGGCGACCUCAUUUACCACAAGCAUUAGGUUGGUAUACGAAGUCCAAUGAGAAAAGCGGCCAAGUUCGCAGGUACCGGCCCCAUCCAUAUCGUGCCCCCUCCUGGUCUUGGGUAUCAGUAGAGGGCCCGGUUGAGGUGAAUGGGUUCCUUGAACCGGCUUGUCGUGUAGUGGAUGUUAAGGUAGUUCUCGAGGACGAACAGUACAAGGCCGGUACGGUAAAGGGCGGCAUUUUGCACCUGGAAUCCCAUCUUAUUGGACCUCUCACCCACGGCUGGUCACGACUAGGGGGCUUUACUACAACUACGCCCCUAGAUAGCCGUCUUCGGGAGGCAUUCGACACUCUGCAGUUUGAAACAUAUUGGGACGAAGGUGAUGGUGAUUCCAGAGACCAUUUCAUCAGCUAUCUAGAUCCGCUUCCGCAUACUGUGUCUGAGGAUGGAAUUUUGAAGGACACAAGUGCGGUGCGGAAGAGGGUCCUGCUCGAGGAUCUGGCGAAACAAGGUCGCAUUCGACUUUUCAUGGUUCCGUUGAUGUUUGAUCGUUAUUCGGAAGAGUUUGAGGGGUCAAUUCUGUGUCAGAUUGUCAACAAUCCAGAAGUCGAAGGCGUCGAUCAAGAUGCGGUUUUUCAGCGUGUAGGGUAUUUUCGCAUGCUGAAGUUGGAGAAAAAGGUCCUUGAUCUCAUUCCGAAGAGAACUAUCGCCAUUAUAUGAGCAUAGAUGGGCAGAACAAGACAGGCUCUCUUCAAUCGACCAACUCCUGGAAUCAACCUAUGCUUUCUUCACUUGCUUGAAAAAGAUGCCUUGUAUCAUUGGCGAAGUAGGACCAAUUUCAGAAACUCGUCCAGUCGGUUCGCGAUCGCCUCAGUCA